AAAACAUACAUGUACAUUACGUGCAGUGCCGCGGGACUGUUGGGUAGUUUGCGUGUCACUCUUCCGGAGCUGCUGCAUUUAGCUGCAAACCGGGAAACAGCCUGCAUGCAAGUGUUAAGACGAUGUCUGAGAUAUUUCCGAACUCAAACGGCUCGGGUGGCAACAAAAGUGUCGUCGACAAGCAUGACUCGUCGCAAGUUGGAGUACCGUGCCCAGAAGCUGGAAGUGCAUUGCAGUGCUAGAUCAAAUCAAUAACAAACUACGCAAGUUUAUUUACAUGUACACCUGUAGCUGUACGCCUAAGUAGUGAACACCUACGUGUAUAGUACAUGUACAUUGCACCUUGUGGCGGUCAUCCCAGCUCUGCGAUCAGACUGACUCAUGCCGUCGUUGUUCUCGAGGCUCAUAAUGCUCAAUCACAGAGCUGGGGAGCAGGACACGAGCUACAGCCGCAAUCCCUGAAAAGUAAGGCUUCCUUGGGCGUGUGCAUUAUGUGAUGGUGAACUCUUCAGUUAGCAUGGUCAGUUGCCUCACAAGGUGUGAACUUCAGCGAUGUAUUACCGCUGGCAACGUAUGUCCAGCUUAAAACCCAGAACUGUUCUGAUGAUGGGGACAGUCUAUGUCAUGCUGUGCUUUGUUGCAGUACUACUGCUGUUGCCGAGUGAUGCCGAGGAAAAAGAGAAUCGCUCGUCCAAAAUUCAAGCUUUGCAGGUGGAGGCGUGGCAGGGUUCAUCCAAAAGAGGGGGCCGGCCGCGGAACAUCUUCUUCAGCAGUGAGGGGCGGGAAGAUGACCUCGUUCAGCCUGCAAGGGUUGAGUCACAUUCAAGUCUUGGAAGGAAAACGUUUAAUACUUCGAGAUACGUCCCAGUGCAGAAUAAAUCUUUCAUACCCAGCAAUCCCACAACAUUUGAAAACAGCUUCAGGCAGACUGAACUGUCAGACAUAUUUAUUGGAGUGAAAACGACUGAGAUAUAUCAUGACACCCGCUUACCCGUACUUUUUGAGACGUGGCUGGACGGUGCUGAUGUCAGAAAACAGACUUACUUUUUCACCGAUGCUGACAGCCCAAAAUAUUCCAAAGAAACCGAUGGACAUUUCAUUAAUACCCACUGUGCUGCCCGGCAUACAAGGCAGGGCCUCUGCUGCAAAAUGGGGCACAUUUUCUCCACAUACUUGCAGUCUGGGAAAAGAUGGUGGUGUAAUGUGGAUGAUGAUAACUACCUAAACAUUGGCAAUUUAUUGAAGUUAUUGCGUUCCUACCGACAUGACAAGGAUUACUACCUGGGCCGGUCCAGCACCUCGUCAGAGAUCACAGUUUAUGAUGUCGGUGAUAAAAGGAAUCUUGGCAAGAAAAAAGUCAACGAGCCAAGACCGCCAAGAAGACAAACAAGCUUUUGGUUUGCAACCGGAGGAGCUGGUGUUUGUAUCUCUCGGUCCCUUGCCGUGAAGAUGAGCACCUACGCUGGUAUGAAUGAAUUUCCUCACAUAUGCAACAGGAUCAACUUACCAGACGACGUUUCCAUCGCAUUCAUCAUUGUUGAUAUCCUAGGCAUACCCCUGACCAAGAUCGGUGACAUGCAUUCCCAUCUAGCUGUGCUGAGGAAUCUGCACGAGAAUCAAGUUAAAAAUGCUGUAACACUGAGCUACAGAAUGCAUUCUGAGAAAGCAGUUAACAGUGUCAUGCUGAAAAGUGCGGCUUUCAACACAACAGUGGAUCCGACAAGAUUCAAGUCCAUCCAUUGCUUGCUGCACCCAGAGGCAGGGAUCUGUCCCGGAGCUUAAACUCGGCCACUUCACGAUGUCUGCUUUGCAGUGAUGAGCUCCGUCCGUCCAGCUACCGAGGAACAAUAUUUUGCUGCAGGUAACGCACACUGUUAAGGGUAGAAGUUAAUUUGUUUGGAAGAUUUUUUUUUGGCUAGUGAGAGAAUGGAUAUACUCAGGUUUGCACAAAGUGUGCCUGUAAGUCGAGGGAUGUUGAGAACGGUGAAAGGAGCAAUACACGUAGCCGGGACAUAUUGUAGACUUUAUUUUAAUGAGGAAAUUGUUGUAAUGUUGUGAUGGUCUUCCAGUAUGUGGUGAAGAGUGGAAGUUUUGAAGAAACCAGACAUUGUAUUCAGACAACAGACGCAUUGCCAUUUGUAUUGUGGCGAUGUGGUUGAUGAGUGAGCUUAUCUGUUAAUGGUGUAAAGAUUUUGAUACGUCAAAAUACAAAGUUUUACAAAAUGGACAUUUUUUACAUUUUUCAAAUUAAAAUUGAAGGAAAAUCAUGUAAUGAAAACUGUAGAACUAUAUUUUUAUCACUGUUACUUUUGGUGGUGUAAAUAAGAACUAAUCUGGGAGCAUAAUUUAUAGUCAUAUAUACUCAUAUUGUUUCCUCUUUUUGUAUUUUGUUGAUUAAUCGGUGUACUUCCAAAGGUAGUAUUGUGUUUUCUCUCAUUUCUAAUUGUUUAAGUGUGUUCAAUCGUUCUUGUUUUAGGUAAGACUUAGAUAAACUUGGCUGUGUUUUUAUCAGCCAUUUGUGUGUUUGUAUUUUUUCUCUUUGGAAUUUAUCAUUUUUGUCUAUAUUAACCACGAGGAAGUACAAGUAUUUAUUUAAACGGAGAUGUCAGUUUUGUUAUUUUCUGUAGUGCCAGGAUGUAGAACAUUGUCCAUGUACAUGCAAGUAUUUACGUGUUAUUGAGGAGUUUGUGAAUAUGUGAAAGUGUGAGUGUGAUCAUCUACAUAUCUUGGGUACUUGUUAUCUACGGUAACUGUUUUUUGCCCAAGACUGCAGUGUCCUUGGUAUGCUUUCAAGUGUGUGCUCUGUGCCAGGUCUUGUGUGGAGGGAAACUCACAUGUUCAUAACUUGACAUUUUGGAAUUUUUCACGUCUUAUUUAAACUAUGUUUGCUGCAUGUGUUUUAAAGUCAGUUUUUGGUCUUGGGUUUAUUACUCGGAGUGUGACUGCUUGGGAUAGAACAGUUGUUGAAAGUUUACAUUCCCUGCAAGUGUUUAAUGAAAGUUUUGAAGACUGCUGAUUCUUGGUAACCAUUCUUUUUCUGUAGCUGGUAGCCAGUACAUUCACUUUAUUUACAUGAACCUGUAAACACAGUUUUACCAUUUCACAGUCGCUUCUCUGAUUGAUCUGCUAUUCACCUUUAGCAAAAGCCCCCCGUCACCGGUUGCAAAGAGCCAUGUUGGUUGGGAGUGUUCAUUUUGCUGGUAGUAAUGCGUACAUUUCAUAGUUAUUUGUAAACCAGCAAAGUGCAGUUCUGACCAAAGGAGCCUCUGUUGCUCGGAAAAUUGCGCCCUCUCUUGGUCCAGCUCGGGGCUCAUAGAAGAGGGAUGAUUGCUUGGAAUAGAUCACGUCUUAAACCUUGUAAUUAAACACUUACAGUCCCAGCGUAUGUUCACUUUCAACCAAGACUCUAGGGCACACUGUAGGUUCUUUUAGUUUUGUUUUGUUUGUUGUUUGUGGUGAGAGCUUAAAAUGUGAGGGUUCCAUAGAAGGUUUGUAGCAGGAAGGAGCAGAGAUCCUCUUGGGGUGGACAGGGAAGUGAUGUACACAGUUUGUGCAAUGCACCACUUGUAAAUGACAGAGAUUCUAUAUUUUUAUACGAGCUACAAUAGUUGUUAUUCUUUUUGAUUGUAAUAUACUAAUCUACAUUUGGAGUACACCAUACCAGCGGCUGCCACAGAACAAGAAACGAGGGGGCCCUGAUUGGUCAUCAAUGAAAGGGAAUCUCGACGCACACCCUGACUUACUGAUGCAAGGAAGAAGGAAAUUAGUUACGUUUCCAGUAGUAAAAUCUGCCGUUUUCUUAAAAAUCAAAGUUUCAUAUCUCUUGUGUCAGUGAAGUCUUCUAAACAGUGAAGGAAUAUAUCUAUCAAUGUAGUAUAUCUAUAUACCUAUAAAUGCCCAAGUAAUGCACGAGACUUACUGUGGAAAUGACCUUUCAGUGGAUGAGCAUAAGAACGUUCAUAUAAUUUUUGAGAACCCGUUAGUGAUUUGUCGUGGGCCGUAAUGCUAACUUUGUCCACAGAUCAGCAAACAAAUUUUGUAGAAGCUGUUUAUUAUUAUUAUAUUUUUUAUUUGUUUUUCUUUGGGUAGACCCUCACUGCAUUAUAUGGGGACUUUUUUUUCUAAUUGCUAGGCAAAUUAUGUCCCCACAAUAUUUUUUUGUUGCCACAAAAUUGGCGUUAUGUGUGUCUGUCCCUACAACUACAGAAUGGGUGAGUGUGGAAAUUUUUUUCACUGAAGGGUCCACCAUGCUAGCAAGAGGUGGCAAAAUAGGGGUUGUUUGAGGUCAAGAUCAAGUUGUUUUCACCUUCCAAGUAGACAAUAUGAUUUGAUAAAUGCGUUAUUGUUCUGUGGCUGACACGACGCACAUAGCCUGUGCCCAUGGUGUAUUUCAGGGUCGUGAGUGUUUGGUUGAUGUGUGUCAAAGCGAUGUUUGUGACGAGAUGUAAAAUGAUAACCUCAAAAUCUCAAGUGUGUGAUAUGUGAUUUUUUGCACUGUAAAUGAAAGUAAACAUUUUAUCCAUAUUUCAUGCUUGAUGAAAAGAUCAUUCCAGUUGCUCCUUCUUUAUAUCAGUGUAUAAGGUGAAAACACUCUACUUCUGCAGUCAAUUGCCAGUGUAAAGAUAGGGUGGUUGUGUGCAUGCCCAAAAAAGGAGGUGAUUUUAAAUGCUUCUAAGGAAUCGUGAUUUGUGAGAAGUGACUAGUACCGUGGGAGGAUUUUUCAGCCGCAGGCAUUUGUGGGGCUACAGGUUUAAAAAUCAGUUGGAUGGCCUUUGCAGGAUAAGGGUGGAUGGGGUAGGGGAGAGGGACUGUGAUAUUCCCCCCCCCUCGAGCAAAUUUAUUUGUGUUUUUGAAAAAGCAUGAUUGGAAAGUGUUUUGUGAGGAUGAUUUCAUGGUCUUUUCUUCCAAGGGUUUGUCAAAACCCCAUAUUAAAAAGGCCAUAAAUGUCACACAGAAAUUCUGCAAUUGUCGUCCCCUCCCCCCCUCCAAGAGGAGAUACACGUGUAACUAGACAUGGCAGUUGUCUAACACUUAACACUUGCCUAAUGCUUACUACUUCUGACAGUAGUGUGGUUCCAAGUCUAUAGGACUGCAAAAAGACUUUAAGAUUUGUACCCAGUGUGUAUUAUACUCGGAUGUUAAUUCUACUCUUAGUCUUACUUAUCCCAUGUCAUUUGAAUAUUUGUUCCCCUUUUUCUUUGAAACAUAUUUGUAGUAUAAAGUUCCAUAUACGUAAAGUAAGUUCAUGAAUUAUCUUCUAUUAGAAUGUUCUGGGCACUUAAUAUCCGGAGAUCUGCCCGUAGAAACUAGUGAAGCUCCUUCAAGAUAUUCUCUUUGUUUUUGUAAGAAAGUUAUCUUUAUAAUCCAGUUUAUGUUUACACCUCUCUUCAUAGUGAAACCUGAUUUUUUUUUUAAAGCACUGUUUGUUAGUAAUCACCCUUCUUUUGAUGUGGUACAACUGUAAUUCGAAGGCAACAUGCAUCCCCAUGAAAAGUUCCCACAAGAAUGGGUGUGGCAACAGGUGGUUAGUAAUUAGUGGGAGUGGAGAGACAGCAGUGGAGGAUAACAAGGAUAUUCACAGCAGGUGAAGAGUAGUAGACAAUUCGAAUACUUUUGUCAACACAGAGGUGGUCAGUGGACCUUUCCCACGAAAUAUGAAAAUAAGGCAGGUGCAUGCGCGUUACCACCACUGGUUGGUAAAAUCAAUGAUGUAAUACAAAUAUCCAUGCAUGGGCAAGUAUUAGCACAUGCAAGCCAUUUCUGUUCUGGAAUAGUUUGAUAUGAGUACCAGACUUAAUGACAAGGAAUUGUUACUGUCCAACCUCUGACCACUAGCAACUUCAUUAAGUUUUGAGGUGUGCUAAAGUAUCGGAAAAGGGCUGCAAUACAGUGUAGAUCGAUCUUCAGUGCACCAGGUUACGGUUACAGCAGUUCUCAUAACAGUCUGCAUUUACCAAUCAGUGGUAGAGCGUGCACGUGCCUGUCUGAUUUGCAUAUUUCAUGGGUAAUGUUCCUUAACCUUAAAAGAGCUGGGAAGGGGGCAGAAUUCCCCUCUACAUUUUCUCUAGUGUCAUUGCAUAGCAUUUUUCGUGCACCCAUCCUUUACUUUUUUUCAGACACAUUGAUACCAAUUUUGUGAAUUUCUGACAUGCCGUUCUCGUCAAGUGCUGAUGCAGGUCAGUCUCAGUGUUUACUGUUCUCAUUGCAAUAUGCGUAGACCAACACAUAUGAGGCCAGGAACUUCAGUUCAGUUGGCCCCAACAACUAAACCGUACAUCAGAUUUAAUCCAAACUUUACAGGUGUAUUUACGAGCGUCUUUUACAUGCUUGCCGAGAAAGACAACUUCUUUGGAGGAGGGCGAUGGUCCAAUAAAGCCCAGCUCUUUUGGGGUUUAGAUGAAGGGCAUGUAGUCAAUGGGACUUUUCUUAUAAUCGUUGUUUGAGGGAAGAACCAAGCUCUCAGACUAAUGUACAUGAAGAAAUACCUACUGGAGUAGUUACAAUUCCAAUACUGCUGGAGUAUUAUUGUUUUGGAGUGAAUGAGAAGUAGAAAGCUGAGUGGAGUUUUUAUUUCACAGAGAGCAGGCUUAACCUGGAAUGACACAAGGUGUACCUUUUUUCCUUAAUUGAACCUAGUACCAGUUUUCAUAGUCUGUAUACUUAAUUUGUUCCACCAGAAGCCAAUGCAACCUUCAAGAUGACUUAAUAAGAAAUACCAUGCAUAAUUUGA